AGAACCUGUUGGCUAUAAUGUGUCAAGUGGGACGUGGUGAGGCAGUCAAUACCCAAACAAUAGAAAAUAAGGCACAAGAGGUGUAGGAGUUACCGAGACGACGCGACGGUCAAACAUCUGACUUUGUUUGGUAGAUUCAGUGCAUUAAUGAAGUUGAUGACUCCCACGAUACCGCCAGAAAAGGAUGACAGAGGCAGCGUGAUGAGGCAACCUCCCACACUCGUCGAAACGUCAUACCGAGUUCCUGCGCCGCCCAGCCGUUAGUGGUGAGAACAAGAGAGAGAGAAAGAGGGAGGGGGAGUCGAUAACCCUACUGUCUGCAAUGUCCAGCCAAGAGCAUCCUUCGGUCACUAACUUCCGCAACUACAUCAGGAUAAACACUGUCCAGCCCAACCCUGACUAUGCUUCGUGCACGGAGUUCCUUCGUGGUCAGGCGGAGGAACUAGGUGCGGCGUGUCAAGUGAUCGAGUGUGUGCCUGGCAAACCUAAUGUUAUCAUGACUCUGGUAGGAGACGACCCCACACUACCCUCCUUCCUCCUCAACUCUCAUACUGACGUUGUGCCAGUGUUUCCUGAACACUGGAAGUACGACCCCUUCAGCGCUCACAAGGACGGCGAGGGAAACAUCUACGGGCGGGGAACACAGGACAUGAAGAGUGUUGGGAUACAGUACCUGGAAGCCCUCAAGAGACUUAAGAAAGACGGCCACAAGUUCCUCCGUACCAUCCACCUUACUUUCGUGCCUGACGAGGAAGUGAGUGGUGGUAACGGGAUGGGGAGGCUGGUGGAGACUAAGGUGUUCCGGGAGAUGAACGUCGGUCUUGGUCUGGACGAAGGUUACUCAAGCACUGACAACAAGAUGCUGGUGUUCUACGGCGAGCGAUCUUCAAAGGCUGUCAAGAUCAAAUGCUCUGGGCAGCCUGGCCAUGGGUCACAGUUCCUGCCCAACACUGCUGGCGAGAAGCUACGUAAGAUUAUUAACACCUUCCUUGACUACCGCGAGCAGCAGCAACAAAAACUGAGAGACAACCCACGUCUUAGUCUUGGGGACGUGACAACCAUAAACCUGACCUCACUGGAGGGAGGUGUACAGCCCAACGUUGUACCAUCUGAGCUGUAUGUGGGGUUUGACGUGCGUGUCCCGCCCUCGGAGUUGGACCACUUUGAAACGAUGGUGGCAGGCUGGUGUAAGGAGGCCGGUCACGGUGUCUCCUAUGUCUUUGACGAGAAGGCAUUAGACUCCAAGGAAAUGACAUGUGCUGAGGACGGUAAAAAUCCGUGGUGGGACGCUUUCUCUGAUGCCUGCAAGAAAGAAAAUAUUGAACUUGAGAAAGGAAUAUUCCCGGCAGGUACAGACUCCCAUUACGUCAGGAAGCUUGGUAUAGAUGUCCUGGGGUUCUCGCCAAUGAACAACACACCUCGGCUUCUGCAUGACCACAACGAGUACCUCAACGAGAAAGUGUUCCUGCGUGGUAUAGAUAUUUACGCGACCAUCAUACCUGCCCUGGCCAAUGUGAAGUCCUUCUGAUAGUAUUAAAAGCCACGAUCACGGGGCCCACACACGGUCAAUACAACUCAUCUUUUCCUUGUUUUUGCCAUUAGAUUUUUUUUAGACUCCUAUGAAUAUUAGACACUAUAGGUUAUUUCACAACGAAUAUUAACCAAGCUAACGCUAAUAUCACUUAACCUAAUCCCCAGGUAACGUUAGGGUGGUUAAUCUUCAGGUGAAAUAUGCUGUAGUGUCUGAUCCUCAAGUCAGUAACAAACUGUGUAGAACGUUGGUGAACCUGGAGCACUUUUUGUAGGUCUUCUUGACCGGGGAAUCACGUGAUAUAUGAUGUAACAUGUCAACACGGUGGCCGGUAAUAAAGUCACAAGAAAAAAAAGUCACAGAAAAAAAGUCACAAUUUUGGCUAGGGAAAAAAAGUCACAAUUAAUUUAUGGUGGACGGUA